AUGAAAUUACUCGAACAAAAGCAAAAGGAGCUUCAACGAAUAUCAAGCGAAAUUCAAAGGCUUUCACAAGGAAACCCACAGCAACAGCGGAAAUGUGUACGUUUGAAGGAAGAUCACGAAAAACUAGAGCAAGAGAUACAGAAGUUGCAAGAAAAUAAGAAUAAAGAUGAAAAAAGACUAGAUGAAUUAAGAAAGGAAAUUGAGACAAAUGAGGGAAACGACGAAAGUCAAAAAAGAAAACGCAAAAAGUUAGAAGAUUUUCAGAAAGAAUAUAAAGAACUGCGGGAAAAGCUAGGUGUUGGUGAAGAGCUUAAGGAAGAUGCAGAAAGAGUAGACAAUCCCAGCGAGAACACAUCAUCGUUUAAAACGGAUGAAAACAUAUACUUAAAUAAGCAGCAUCCGGAAGUAAAACUAAUUCAGAAAGACCAAUAUGGUGUCGAUGAACAGGUUAAAAACAUAAAAACGGUUGAAGAACGUAUGCUGAAAAGGAAGAAAAUCGAGUUGGAGGCGGAAGAGACAUUUAAUAUUGGAAUGGCUAGUUUAUGUGAAUUAGAAGCAAAUAUUGACAAUAUGACGAAACGGGUGGCCAGCCCAGUUAUCCAGAAAUUUGAGGAAGAAUUAAAGCUAAUCCGGAAUAAAAGUAAUAAAGAUACAAAAGUACUAAAAACAAAAAUAGUAAAAUUGGAAGUGCGAAUAAAUCAAGUUGAAAGGAUGCGUGAAAUUUGUGUAACGGCAAUAGCAGAAUUGAAUUUAACCACCAAAAGGAUGCUUUUCGAUUUGAUGGCCAUUGUAGUGAACAUUUUACGAAACGCUUUAUACAUGAUUGCAUGGAUACGUGAUUCACUCGUCAAUUACACAGAAAGCAGAUGA